AUGGCGGACGUCAAUUGGAGCGACGAUGAGGCAAUUGAUGCGUUCUUCGGCAACAGCGAUGAUGAUGAUGAUGAUGAUGAUUUCGAAGGCUUCACAGAGGAGGACAUUCAACACGUUCGUCGGAAUAUCAUAGAAAAUGUUCCAAUGUCCGAUUUCGCUCCAGAGAACGAUCGGGACAUUGCCGCUGACCUGGGAGCUGGGUGGAGUCGCGACGACGUUGAUGUUGUCCUUGCACCUUUCACAGGUGAGCCGACCCUCAACAUCGAAAUGAGUGGCACUUUGCCGAUAGAUUUCUUCAAAUUAUUUGUUGAUGAUGCCUUUCUCAUUGAACUUACAAUAGAGACGAAUCUGUAUGCUCAAAACAAACUGAACAAUCCUGACCUGAAACUGAAAGAUCACAGUCGUAUGAAAAAAUGGCAGCCCGUUUCUAUUGAUGAAAUGAAAGUAUUUAUUGCCCUGGUAAUCGCGAUGGAAUUGGUGCAGAAAAAUGACAUACAGCUGUACUGGUCCAAUGAUGAGGCAGAUGAAACACCGUUUUUCAGAAACCACAUGUCCAGAGAUCGUUUUUUGGCAAUACUAAGUAAUUUUCAUCUGACCAACAAUGAUCUACAGGUACAGAGGGGACAGGUGGGAUUCGACCCCCUUUACAAAAUAAGACCAUUUCUCAACAUAGUUUUGGAUAGGUUUUCUGAUGUUUACUCACCUGAAAAAAAUCUUUGCUUCGAUGAGGCUACGUGUGCAUGGAAAGGGAACCAACGCUUUAGAGUCUACAACCCUGCAAAGCCAUCAAAGUGUGGUAUCAAGCUGUACCAGGUGUGUGAGGCAAGUUCUGGAUACUGUAUCGGCUUUAACAUAUAUACAGAUAAUACUGGAAGCUCCGCGUGUGUAGACUAUGCUGACACUAUACUUGGGGAGGAGAAUAAGUGCUCAACUACUACACGUAUAGUGCUUGGCCUCAUGGCAAGAUGUGGACUUUUAGACAAAGGGCAUCAUGUUUAUAUGCAUAAUUAUUAUUCGUCGCCUGAACUUUUCACAGAACUUCACCUGCAGAACACCUAUGCAUGUGGUACGUUACGAAAGAAUCGUUUAGGUGUGCCAUAUGUAAUAAAGAAACCUACCAUGAAACUGAAACAAUCGGAGACUAUCUUCAGAAGAAAUCAAAAUCUUCUUGCUGUGAAAUAUCACGACAAACAAGAUGUCCAUAUGCUGUCUACCAUUCACAAGGCAACGGUCAGUGUUCUGGACAAAGUUGACUGCAACACUAACCAACAGGUAGCUAAGCCCACAUGUAUUGCAGAUUACAUUGCUGUAAUGGGAGGGGUGGACUUGUCUGACCAGAUCAAUCACUACUCUUGCCUUCGCAAAACAUCGAAGUGGUAUAAGAAGCUCUUUUUCCAUCUUCUGAACGUGUGCAUCAUCAAUGCCUACAUACUCUUCAAAAAGUUUGGACCAAAUGAUGGAUGCAAGAAGGAACAUCAGGCCUUUAGGAUGGCUGUUUGUGAAUCCCUACUCUCUGAGGCUGUGACGGCCCCUCGGCCAUACGUGGAAAGGGGUAGAAAGUCUGUGGGAGUGAAACCAACACGCUUGACUGAUCGUCACUUUCCGAACUACAUCCCUGCUAAGCCCGGGGCAAAACGGGCACGCCCCUUACGUGAAUGUUUUGCAUGCAACGUAAAGAAGUCAUUGAGAGAAACGUCCCAGAGGAAACAAACAUCUUUCUGGUGUGAAGAGUGCAAAGUUGCACUGUGUGUACCAAAGUGCUUUCAGGUGUACCACACUAUACAGAACUAUAGAGGUGUUCUCUUACCUGGUGAAGAGAAUUCAUCACCCAGUGACUCAGAAUAG